GUCUUUCUGCUGUCCUAGUCGUUUUAAAGAUCUUCAAACCGGUGAAUUCUACAUCAAAAGGAUGAAAUGAAGGGGAACACUCUGGAACAAGGAUAUUCGCUGCCAAUGGUUAUUUUUUCAUAAAUUUCAUUUAGCAACAGAGACUCUACAUACGGCUGAAGACGUUAAUAGGAAACCAGUUCCAUUCAAAACAGUUUUCAAGAACAGUCUUCUUUAGAAGCUUAAGGAAGAGUAAGUGUUAGAGCCCGGAUGAAUGAUCUUUAGAAAGAUUUUCAAGUACGGAUUUCUAAACGGUAUCAACUACAUGAAAAAGUCCAGCUCUAAAUUCAGUGACAUGUUCAACAACACAAGUGCUUCAACACAAGAGCAAUCUCCGGUAAAUAUCAACACUUUCACCGCUGAAGCAGUAGCUGAGCUUGUCCCUAUUGCGCUCCUGGUCACCAUUGCAAAUGGCGUGGUGCUGGUUUUAUUUACAAAGAAUACCAAGCUCCGAACAGCACCAAACUAUGUCCUUUUCAGCCUGGCAGUUUGUGACUUCAUGACAGGGAUCAUCAAUGUUCCCCUUUUCAUAAUUGUCGCGUUCACACCGGUUGUUAAGUCGCUUAAGGUUCGAUAUUACAUGGCCAUCCUGGUGAGUGUACUUAACAAUUUGACCGCCAUAUCAUCUUGUUAUCAUAUACUGGUCGCCACAACAGAGAAGUAUCUGUCAGUCGUCUGGCCAAUAAAACAUCGAUUGAUGACCAGAAGAACAGUCGCCAAAGUGGUGAAAGUAGUUUGGGCGUUGUCUUUCAUUGUGGCCUUUAGUCCCUUUGCAUGGGUGAAAAUGGAAGAUAGAGAAACCCAAGCAAGACUGACUUUAGGACAUGUCAUUUUUUGCCUCAUUGCCGUUUUCUUGUUGCCGUAUGCAUUCAUGAUCUACGCUUUUAUCGUCAUUUUUAAAUCAAUCUCUGACAGAGGUAAAGCAAGACGAGGUGCCACUUUAGAGAGACCUUUCCUAAGCCGGCAAGCUGCUCUUGAAAAGCGAUGUUUGAUUUUGUUCGUUGCAAUGGCAACCGUCUUCCUUCUUUGUUGGUUACCAUGGUUUAUUUUGAUGUUGCUGUUCAAAGUAAAGAAGGACGUGAACUCCUUAGAAAUCCCAGCUCAUGUGUUUGUGCUCGUUAGAUAUGCUACUUCUAUUAUAAAUCCUGUAUUGUAUACUUUCUUCAGAAGAGACUUUAAGAAGGCACUACAUUCCUUAUGUUCAAACAGCAGAUUACGUUGUCUGACUACUUUAGAUCAUAAACCAAAUGGAUCUGAUACAAAGGAAAUAGAAACAGCUGAAGACGCUUUAUAACCCUCAACACCCUAGCAUCAGUAUACGUAUUGUCCAUACUGCUCUCUAUAUAUUUCUUAAGGUUCUGACAAGGAGAAUUUGUUUAACUUUAAAGAGCUACUUUACUUGGUGAUCAUUUCCUUCAAUCUCGUGACCUUAAUGUGUGAUUCAGGGGCGAUAUUGUCCGGAGAAAUUAGAUGCUGGUCAAUCUUAGGGUUCAAAGGGUCAGAAGUCAUUGCCGUUGGGAACAAUGCCAAAAAAAUUGUCUUCAAUACUUAUGUUACUUAUUUAUUUAUUUAUACGACCGACAUUUUAAGUUCUGGAUUGACACGCACGUUUUCAAAAGUUAUUUUG